AUGACAGAAAGCACCAAGAAAGAAGACCCUAAAACAAAGAAUGCUCCACCAAAACCAGAUUUCCUGAGUCCUGAGUUCAUUGAAAAAGCCAAAAAGAUCCGAGAGGAAAGAAAGGAGAAGAAAAGAUUACAAGCUAAUGAAAAGAAGAACAAUAACGAUCCAAGGUUACAAUUCAUCAAGAGGCCAAUGUUGGAUAUCCCUGGCCAGACCAGCGACGGAGGUGUAGAGAUUACCAUCAUGUCGUACAACAUAUUGGCGCAAGCUCUCAUUAGGAGAAAGCUAUUUCCAACCAGCGGAAAUGCAUUGAAAUGGGGCAAUAGGUCACAGGUGCUUCUCUCCGAAUUCAAGUACUAUGACUCUGAUAUCUUGUGUCUUCAAGAAGUUGAUUUCAUCCAAUACAAUAGUUUCUGGAAGCUGGAAUUCAAGAACUUGGGAUACUUGUCUCAAUAUUAUCGAGCAGAUAGCAAAAACCAUGGAGUGGCCAUCUUCUUCAAGUCUGAAAAGUUUGCGUUCCAGCAUUCCAGUUUCAUCAAUUACGAUAAGGAGAAAACUGGAAAUGUUAGACCUACAGCGAUCACAAGAAACGUAGGAAUGUUGGUUUACUUGCAGUUUUCGGAGAAGCUUCGUAAACAGUAUCCAAAUCUCACUAGAGAAGGAAUCAUUGUGGGAACUACACACUUGUUUUGGCAUCCCUACGGAACUGCAGAGCGUACCCGUCAAACAUGCGUAGUAUUACAGCAGAUGAAAGAGUUCACGAGAAUAUUGAAUGUCUUAUAUGGUGCAGAGAAGAGAUUCUAUCGAUUUUUUGCUGGAGAUUUCAACUCACAGCCUUAUGAUUCCCCAUAUCUCUCAAUGACAGCAAAACCCACAACAUAUACUGAUAGAGCCAAAAACGUCAUUGGAAGGUCCCUAGCUCAUCAAUGGGAUGAAAGCAAGGAGGUAAAAGAAGAUGAGGGACCAGAAGAUGAAGAUAAAGAUAAAGAGGAUGAGAAGGAAGGCAAAAUCAGUACAACCAAUGAAAUCGAAGGAGAGGCUGAUGGAGAUAGAAAAGAAGCGGAUAUCGACGUCGAGGAUUCACCAGUGCCCAAGACAUUCAAGUUUUCGCCAGAGGUGCUUCAAAAGAUUCAGGCAAUGGAAGAUUUACACAACAAUCUUGACAUGAGAGCGAUUUCGCUCUAUUCAGUCGGAUAUCAUCUUGUGCAUAAAGAGAAUGCUGGUUUAGACAACGAACGGAAUGAACCAUUUUUCUCGAAUUGGGCCCACGCAUGGAGGGGUUUGCUUGACUACAUUUUUGUUGUUUCCGAUUGGGAUAAACAAGAAUCAUUCGCAAAUAAGGUCGAUUCAUUAGAGCAAUUGGAGAGAGACAAUCACGUCAAGUUAUUGAGCCUCCUUCGGUUGCCCACACCAAACGAGAUGGGGCCAGAACCAUCCGGCCAACCUCGAACCGGCCAGUAUCCGUCAGACCACCUUUGUAUCAUAGCCAAAAUUGAACUAUGUUAG